GAAUGUGCCGUGCGCGAGCUGGACAUUUGAAAUUUUGUCAGUUGGUUUGUCAGAGCCUCCUGAGUUUGCAACAAACUAUCUGCAGAGUGAACAGAUCAGUUUCACACUGGACAGUUGAAGUCGUCUGUCACUGGCUUGAAUCAAAUAACCUUGAACCAUAUACAGAAGCAUUCAGAGAAGAGAAGGGAUGGGUUGCCUUGAAAGUAGGAGAAGAAGUGGAUCAUCAUGGGCUUGACAUCCAUUGCAACACGGAGGGAGAACGAUACGUCACUUUGAGAUACUGGGUCUUGUAACGUCUCGCCUUGAACAACUACUACAACAGCUGAAUUUGAAUAGAGAAUGACAUUGAUGGAGAAACCUUGCUUUUACUGACAGAUCGCAUGGUUGAAAAGCUCAUCCCAAGUAUUAAAAAUCAGGUUUUUUUUUUUUAAAAAGCUAGAGAGUUUAAAGCAAAGAGAUGAAUCUGAAGCCGAUACUUCAUCUACUGGAACCCCAGAAACACCAAAAGAAUGCCCUGCAACCAAAAAAGAAUGGCCAAUCAUUUACAGGCUUCCCAAGUUCCCUACCACCCUCCAGCAAAGACUUGAUGAAAAAAGUGAGGUCUUCAUAGCUUCAGCUUUUAGGAAUAAAUGGAGAUCCCAAAUUGUCCAGGUUCUUUUUGAUGACAUAUGUAGCUACACAUGGUAUCCCUCAAGUAAAAUGUAUAACGACAGUUGUUCUGCGCUGGUUGCAAAGUACAAUUUCCUCCGGGAUCACACAGGGAAAGGCUAUGAAUCGUGGCAUCAAAUGAUAAAAAAUAAAUUUAAAAAAGAACGAAGACCCUUGGUGUUCAUUCCUGAGAUUCAACAAAAAAAGACCUCAAGCAAAACUCCGCCAGAAACAACAUCCACUGCUAUAAUGACUGUAGAUGGAACUAGCACUCUUGGAGAGGAUGCCAUCAGCCUUGGAUGCCACCGGGAAAAGAUGCAGGCUGAGUGCCAUAAAAAACACCCAAAUCUGUCUAUUCUACAAGACAAAAUGGCCCGAACAAGGGUAGAGAGAACAGUAUACUUAGAAAACCAUUCGACAAUGGAGACCCUUGACGAGUACCCUGCACUGCGAUUUCCAAUAGUACUUCUUGCAGAAACAAAUCACCAGCUUGAUGUUGACGUUGAUCGCAGCAUUAUGUCAGGAAUGGGAAUUGUAGCAAGAAAAAUUAUAGAAGAAUGCCAACGACGAGCCACAGGACGGGAUCUCUUUAAAAUGUAUGACGAUGCCAAGGAUGCAUUUGCGGAGGAAUCCCACAGAGGUCUUCAGUUGAUUCUCGCCACAUUUCUCCUGCCACAUUUAUUCAGGGAGGACCCCAAUGCCAUUUAUCUCAUCAACAAGGACCCAGAGGUUCCAACGCCGGUACUAAUCAUUACCGGAAACCCCUUCUUGGAGGCUACGUUUGGUGUGCGUCUGGACUACACAGAUAUCCUCACCCACAAAGUUGAUGACAUCACCCUCUGGCUUGCAACUUUGAUGUCAAUUUAUUUUGUGUUCAACAUCGAAUACCACAAAAAGGUCAAAAACACUCUUAGUUUCAUUGAGAAGUACCUUAUGUCCAAUACACCAGAAGGAAAAAUCUCUCCCACUGUCAUUAAAAUGGCUAACUAUUUGUUUUCUUAAGCAUACUGCAUUGUCUGAACAGUCAUCUCAUUCUCUCUCUUGCUCGCUCUCUCUCUCUUUCUGUCUCUCUCACUCUCUCUCUCAUUUGUAAAACAUAACAAUAGAUGUGUGUGCGUGUAUAAAAUGUACAUAUCCAAUUUUAUGUUUUAUGACAAUAAUAUGUAGCUAUAAUAGGUCUGUAUGGCAUCUGGUCUGAUAAUUGUAUGUACAUCAGUACUUCAUAUUGUAUAAUAUAUCUAUAUGAUGUCAUAUUAUUUAUUAUUACAAAUGUUAUAUG